UUUUUUUUUAAGUAAACACACAUUAUUUUAAACAAAGAAUAUUUGAAAAAGUAUAAAAGAAGUAAUAUAAGAAAACUUUGUAUUUGUCAGAUCAUCACCUUUUCAACACACAUGAAUAUCGUUCAUUUUUAUUUAUGCGUUACGACAUUGCGAUUAGAAAUAAUUUGAAUGAUAAAAGAAAACUAAAAAUAUAUAUAUAUGUAAGAAACACACACACACACAAAAGUAUGUAAACUAUAAUAAUAGUUAAGAGUUGAAUUAAAACAAGGUUUAAUUUGAUGAACAAACAAAGAAACAAACUAAGAUUGUAAUAUAUAAGUAAUAAUAUUAGAUAUAUUUGUUGUAGGAAUAUAUAAAAAGGAAAGUAAUUAAUGAAAAAGUAAAGAAAAAGAAAAAGAAACUCCAUUUAUAGUUGGUAGACGUUUGGUGAAGUGUUUCAAAGUGGGGGGUAGGUAGAGGUAAGCGGAUGGGUGGGCGUUCAGUGGGCCCAUACAGGUGCGGUCAGACCCAACUGCGGGCUCAGCGAUGGUACGUGCCGUGUCACGUUGUGUUGCAUCUUUUGGAAUACAAUUUAACUGGUCUUUCCUCAAUCUUCUUCCAUCUUCUUAACGCGUUACGUUUUUAGUCGACCCAGAUAACUCUCAGUCAAUUGUUCCACGAAUACUUUCUUCCUUCUUCUUAUUCUUCUUGUUCUUCUUUUACUACUACUACUACCGGUACCAUUCCAGAAGUUCUUCUUUCUCCUAUCUCAUCAGGUCAACUAAUCGUGUAAAUAAGAAACGUUGAUAAGGAUGCAUUGCAAAAUGAUCUUAAGAUAUACUCGCGAUUGAUCUAAUAUUUGUUCUAUAUUAAAACGAUGAAGACGUUUUUAAACACACUGUGAUCAUCGAUCGUUGAACACAAAUAUUACAACAGAAUUAUACAUUAAGAUGAAGUCCUCGUACGUAGCAAUUGUUAUAUUACUAUCGAUGAUAAUCAAAACUCGUGCAGAAGUUGAUUGCAAUGAUCCCAAUUGGCAUAAUCUUGAGACCAACGAAAGUUCGGUUCACAAUUGUGGUGAUGCGUUUAAAAAUCUUUGCCGUUGUUCAAGAAUGUGUUAUGACGGUCAUCAUCAAUACGUUGUCAAUUGUACAAAUUCUGGAUUUAAUGAUACAACGCCAUUGGAACAUCUUCCUAAUGCCGCACAGGUGUUAAUAUUUACGGGUAAUUAUUUGAAAUUAUUACCAUGGAACAUAUUCGGCACGUUGGACAGAUUACCUAAUUUAAAAGUCAUCGAUAUGUCCAAUAAUAAAAUAGAAGAAAUACGAGGAAAAACGUAUCAUCACGUUAAACGUGUUGAACGUCUUAUUCUUGAUUUCAAUGAACUAUCAUUGGAUCCUGCUAAAAGUCAUCCAAGAGUUUUCUCCAAUUUCGUAUCACUUUUAGAGUUACAUUUAACUGAUGCUUUUGAAGAUGGUCAACCGAGAGAUUUAGCAGCAACACUGCACGAUAUAUUUGUCAAUAGCAAUCUAACACAACUCAUGAAAUUGCAUUUGGAACAAAAUGAGAUAUCAGAGUUCAAAGAUCCAAACGUUUUCUGUGAUCUACCAAACCUUUUGGAUUUACAUUUAGGUGAUAACGCAUUAACAGGAUUGCAUUUCAAUUUAUCCUGUCUUCAUAAGUUACGUUUCUUGGAUCUUCAGAGAAAUAAAUUUACGAAAGUUUCCGAUUACGAUAUUCGUACUAUGGAAUCUGUUAUUAAACAGAAUCAAUCGUUCACCGUUGACUUUUCGAAAAAUUCAUUCGAGUGUUCGUGCAAACUCAAUCCAUUUAUCGAAUGGAUGAACAAGACCAAAGUUUUUGUAAGAAAUAAGAACAGUUUGCAAUGUUCUGAAGAUGGAAAAGAGAGAAGCAUUUAUGGUGGGACACUUCCUUGUCCGUUUGGAUUAAGAUUGUCCAAAACAGCUGUUUCGAUAACACUGUAUUUCUGUAUGUUCCUUUUAGUCGUUUUAUUGUGUGCUCUCGUUUACAUGUACCGUUUAAAACUACAAAAGAAAUUUGAACCAAUUAUUCAUUCUGUUAAUAAAAGAGUUAGAUAUAGCACCAUAGCAACUGGUGAAACCCGUGAGGAUGUAUAAGUAUAAUUGUAUGAAUGGUUGGUUAACAAACGUAAUUUUGUUUUUAAAGAUGAUUGUGACUGCUACCUUGAAUUAUUCACUAAACAAUUUGCCCUGCUGAAUUUUAACCUUUGUUUACCACCCUUCCAGGAGUAACGCGUUUACCACACCCGGGGUCCAAAGGACCCGAACGAGAAAAAUCGUUAGAAA